CUAGAGAAUGAAGUAUUUGCCAUUGCAUGCUUCCUCCACCUCGUCAGGAGGACCACACUCAGUUCAUCCAUGUUCAGCACCGCCAUGGGCUUCACCAUGCCAUUGUGGUUGCGAGCAUACAUUCCUACACAUGGGCAACCAAGGCUCAGAAAGGUCCAUGUGACUUGGCCACAGUCGUUGUCCUCCAGAUUCCCAGGCCCCAUUGUCCCUCAGAAUUUGUCCAAAGGACACUGAAUACUGAAAGGUUGCAUGGUGGAGCACAGUGUGAGGUACUGGUGAUUGGGUGACAAAACAGUCCCAAGGGUAAAGGAGGAAAUAGGGAGGAGGCAAAAGAGGAGGAGGUAGAGGAGCAGGGGAGUGGUCUGAGCUGAAGAGGCCUUCAUAGUGCCCUCCCAGUUCCUCCUACAGUGCUCAGAUUCCUCUUGCCAGCAGCAGAUCAGCUUGGAUCAAGCUGGGCCUCUGGUAGAGGUGCAGUGGUGUGCUCAUCAUGAAUGCCUCAGUGCAGAUCCUUCGAUCACUGCUGCUGCUGCUGUUGCUGCUGCUCACUCUUCCAGCCACAGGCUCAGACUCCGUGCUCUGCUUUACCCAGUAUGAGGAAUCCUCAGGCAGGUGCAAGGGCCUCCUGGGGAAAGACAUCCAUGUGCAGGACUGCUGUCUCAAUGCUGCCUACGCCUUCAAGAAGCAUGACAGUGGGCACUGCCAGGCAUGCAGGUCUCCACAAUGGUCAACGUGGUCCCCAUGGACCCCCUGCUCAGUGUCAUGCACUGAGGGCUCCCAGCUGCGCCACCGCCGCUGCAUAGGCUGGGGUGGGCAGUGCUCUGGGGAGAAGGCUCCUGGGACCCUUGAAUGGCAGCUGCAGGCCUGUGAGGAGCAGAAAUGCUGUCCUGAGAUGGGCGGCUGGUCUGACUGGGGACCCUGGGGGCCUUGCUUAGUCACUUGCUCCAAAGGAACCCGGAUCCGUCAGCGAGUAUGUAAUAACCCUGCACCCAAGUGUGGGGGCCACUGUCCAGGAGUGGCCCAGGAGGCUGAGGCCUGUGACACCCAGCAGGUCUGCCCUACCCAUGGUGCCUGGGGUGCCUGGGGCUCCUGGAGUGCCUGCUUGGGCUCCUGCUCUGAUAAAACCCACAAACCUGUGGAGACACGAAGCCGCACAUGUUCUGCACCUGAGCCCUCCAAGGACCCUCCUGGAAAGCCCUGUUCGGGACCAGCCAAUGAGCAGCGACUCUGCAGUGGCCUACCACCCUGCCCAGUGGCUGGGGGCUGGGGGUCAUGGGGCCCUGUCAGCCCUUGCUCUGUGACCUGUGGCCUGGGACAAACCUUGGAACAACGAAUGUGCAAUAACCCUGUGCCCAAGCAUGGAGGCCCCUUCUGUGCUGGUGAUAACACGCGUGCCCACAUCUGCAACACAACUGUGCCUUGCCCUGUGGAUGGAAAGUGGGAGAACUGGAGCGACUGGAGUUCCUGCACCCGCCCACACUUGAGCUCUAUCCGCUGCAAGGAAAUCCCAGGCCAGCAGACACGCGUAAGGAGCUGCAAGCACCGAAAGUUUAAUGGACAACGGUGUGUUGGGCAACACCAGGAAAUCCGACACUGCUACAACAUCCAAAACUGUAUCUUUGGAGAGAAAGGCUCAUGGUCAUCAUGGACUGCCUGGGGGCUGUGCACACCCCCAUGUGGGCCCAACCCCACCCGUGUCCGCCAGCGCCGCUGCAUGUCCCCACUCCCCAAGUUCUUGCCCACGAUUUCCAUAGUUGAAGGCCAGGGUGAGAAGAACGUUACCUUCUGGGGGAAUCCACUGGCACAGUGCGAGGAGCUGCAGGGGCAGAAGGUGCUGCUGGAGGAGAAACGGCCAUGUCUGCACACACCUGCCUGCAAAGAACCUGAGGAAGAAAACCCCUAACACCUCUUCCUCUGCUCUGACCCUUCUAUCUUCCAGUCCUCAAUAAAUCAGCCUCUUUGA